AUUCACAAAGCUUUGUCUCUCUCUACCUCUUCCUUUUCCUUUCCUUCCCUCCUGGUUCCUCCCAUUUUACUCUAACCUCUCUUCAAGACAAAGUACACCUCUCUCUCUCUCUCUUGUGGGUCUUGAACAAGUCUCUCACGGGGCAUAAAUUGCUAGCUUCUGUUCAAACAAAUGCAGAUUAAGUUCUGAGAGAGGGAGAGAGAGUUUUGCAAGGCAAAUAAAAUAAAGCCUCCUUUUUUACUCUCUUUCAGUCUUCCUCAUUCCUCUCUAUCUGUUCUUUUUGUUUUUUUCUCUCUCUUUGAAAUUGUAAUAUCCAUUGAAGAGAGAGAGCAUCUUCUCUGACUUUUAUCUUCUUUUUCUAAAGAGGCUAAAGAUCAAGAAUCUGGUAACUGUUUUGUUUUGUUUUUCUUUUCUCUUUGAAAUUGUCAUCCCAUUGAAGAGAGAGAGAGAGAGAGGGAGAGCUCCUUCUCUGACUUUGUCUUCUAUUUCUAAAGAGGCUAAGGAUCAAGAAUUUGGAAACUGAUUUUGGGUUUUGGUGGGUUUUUGAUUUUGUAAGAGAUUAAUUAAGAGACUUGAAGGAUGUUUGGGUUUGGGUGUGAGUGUUUUUACUGGAACCAACUUACUGAAUUGGACUUUCCUGAGCCAGAACCAGAACCUUUCUCUUUGCCUGCUCCAAUUCCUGAAUGGCCUCAAGGUAAAGGAUUUGCUACUGGAAGUAUAAACCUAGGAGAACUAGAAGUCUUCAAAAUUAACCAAUUUGAGAGAGUUUGGAGCUGCAGCUUGUUGCGUGGAAACCAGAAAGGAGUCACAUUUUAUAGACCUGUUGGGAUCCCUGAUGAUUUUUACUGCCUUGGCCACUACUGUCAAUCCAAUGACCAACCAUUGAGAGGGUAUGUUCUUGUUGCUCGUGACACCAAUAUUCAGAAGCCUGAAGUUGGCCAAUUCAGUGGCCCAAAAUCAGACUCUCCAGCUCUAAAGAAGCCCCUUAAUUACUCAUUGGUUUGGAGCACCAGGCCACAGGAUAAUGGUAGUGGUUACUUUUGGUUGCCAAACCCCCCAACUGGUUAUAAGGCUAUGGGCGUUGUGGUUACCACCAGCCCAGAGGAGCCUAAUGUUGAAGAAGUUAGGUGUAUUCGGGCUGAUCUUACAGAAAAAUGUGAAACUUUUAAGCUAAUAUUUUCCUCAGAUUCAAAAACUUACAAAGAACAAUUUCGUGUAUGGAACAUAAGACCCUGCAGAAGGGGAAUGUUUGCUGAAGGUGUUUCUGUUGGAACAUUCUACUGUGGCACCUACUUAAAAUCUGAAGAUGAUUUGCUAGAUGUUGCAUGCUUAAAGAAUUUUGACGACGCACUAAAAGCGAUGCCAAAUCUGGACCAGAUUCAUGCACUCAUUAAGCACUAUGGCCCUACUGUAUUCUUCCAUCCGGAUGAAGAGUACUUGCCAUCAUCAGUCCAGUGGUUCUUCAAAAAUGGAGCACUUUUAUACCAAGAAGGCAAGCAGAAGGGUGAACCAAUUGACUAUAGGGGUUCGAACUUGCCUAGUGGAGGGUCAAAUGAUGGGGAAUAUUGGAUAGAUUUGCCAAAUGAGGAUGAUGCAAGAAAUAAUCUCAAAAGAGGAGAUUUAGAGAGUGCUGAACUUUAUGUUCAUGUGAAACCAGCAUUAGGAGGAACUUUUACUGAUAUUGCGAUGUGGGUAUUUUGUCCCUUUAACGGACCAGCCACCCUGAAAGUGGGUCUAAUGAGCAUACCUAUGACCAAGGUUGGGGAACAUGUUGGUGACUGGGAGCACUUCACACUGCGUAUAAGCAACUUCACAGGAGAACUAUGGCAAGUCUUCUUCUCUCAGCACAGUGGUGGUCAGUGGGUGGAUGCAUCUGAUUUGGAAUUCAUAGGAGGUAAUAGGCCAGUUGUUUAUUCAUCAAAGAACGGUCAUGCUAGUUUCCCUCGCCCUGGCACUUACCUUCAAGGGUCAACAAAGCUUGGAAUUGGAGUGAGGAAUGAUGCUGCUAGAAGCAAAUAUUAUGUGGAUUCAAGCCAAAUGUAUCAGCUUGUUGCUGCAGAGUAUCUUGGCGAUGGAGUUGUCACAGAACCAUUUUGGUUGCAGUUUAUGAGAGAAUGGGGUCCAACCAUUUUGUAUGACUCACGAUCCGAAGUAGAUAAGAUUAUUAAUCUCCUCCCGUUCUUUGUUCGGUUUUCGGUAGAGAACAUCUUUGACCUUUUCCCAACAGAGCUUUAUGGUGAGGAGGGGCCAACUGGACCGAAGGAAAAACGAAACUGGUUGGGAGAUGAAAUAUCUGGUUGAAUUUGCUGCAUGUGAAUUCUCAUUGCAUAUUAUUGUCUCACUUUCUUUACUGCCUGGUUAUGUUGAUAGAGAGUUCAGCGAAAACACAGGUAUCUGCAGUUGAAAUGUCAACUGUAGCAUGCUCUUCUUGUUGUACAUGCAAGAAGGCCAUUUUUCCUCUUCAUGUAUGCUUUGCCUUGUGUUACAAGCAUCAAGCAAUCCUGUGUAGAUAUGAAGGUUGCAGGUGAGGUGCAUUUGCGCUAAAGCCAAAACGAGAAGAAAUCAACAUAAUUGGUUGCCAACAUUGGCUUAUACUGUCAUUUGAAAUGUGUACUGCCUCUAGUAUUAGUAUUCUAUGUACUAAGAAAUAUUGAUGCUUGACCAUGGAGUGAGGUGUUUUUAGAAGUAUUAAACGCUGUCAAAAAGAAAUUUGCAAUUUUUUUUUUGGGUUGCACCGCCA